AACGGGGCCGCGCUGAUUAGCUGGCCAGAAAAGAGUUGGGAGGUCUCAAGCACAGCGGCAAAGUCAGUCACGAGCGGCGCUCAAUCGCACCGAGAAGCUGCCACGCGCAGAUAAAUAAUGCCCAACUCACAGAGUUGACCUACGGAUUUAUUCGGAGUGACACUGUCGGGAUAAAACAUUGGAAUGGCGUGAAAAUGCAGGGAAAUACAUAAAAGUUCAGUGGUGGUGACGAAGGAGUGAGAGAAGCUCCAGAUUCGAACAUCAGUUGGUAUUUUUGACUUUCGGCGUCCUCGUUUGGAGUGGCAAUGACCUGACGUCUGUGACCUCGACUGCAUAUUGAAAAGACACCCCUGACCGCUGCUAAUGGGAACUCCUCCUGCAUCAUGAGUGCUCGCGAUGGCGUUCGCGGCAUGGGUACUCUGGGACGGCGGCAGCGCUUCGAGAACUCUGAGUUCACUGUUCGCGUCUAUCCAGGCACCCUGGCCGAAGGCACCAUCUAUUGCCCGAUUAGUGCUCGAAAGACUACCACAGCUGCUGACACCAUUGAACGCGUCAUCGACCGUCUCCACCUGGACCGUACAAAGUGUUAUGUUCUGGCAGAGGUAAAAGACUUUGGUGGAGAAGAAUGGAUUCUCAACCCCAGCGAUUGUCCUGUGCAGAGAAUGAUGCUCUGGCCCCGUGUGGCUCUAGAACAUCGCUCUCUUUCUGGAGGCGAAGAUUACCGCUUCCUUCUCAGGCUGAAAAACCUAGAUGGUUCAAUUCACUAUGGUGACAGUCUCCAGAUGUGGCUGCAAGUCACAGAGGAGCGCAGGCGCAUGGUGGAACUUGGACUGCUGCCACAGCCUGAAUCUCAAGGUGACCUUGCUGAUUUAUGCCGUCUGCCUGAGCUAAAUGAGCGCUCGCUGCUGGACAACCUGCGCUCACGCUUCCGGCAAGAAAAGAUCUACACCUACGUUGGAAGCAUCCUGAUUGUCAUCAACCCCUUCAAAUUCCUGCCCAUAUACAAUCCCAAAUAUGUGAAGAUGUAUGAUAAUCACUCACUUGGAGCUUUAGAGCCUCACAUCUAUGCAGUGGCUGAUGUUGCUUAUCAUGCAAUGCUACAGAGACAGAGGAAUCAGUGCAUUGUUAUAUCUGGGGAAAGUGGCUCUGGCAAAACACAAAGCACAAACUUUCUUAUUCAUCAUCUAACUGCUCUCAGCCAGAAAGGUUUUGCCAGUGGAGUGGAGCAGAUAAUCUUGGGAGCAGGUCCAGUAUUAGAGGCAUUUGGCAAUGCAAAGACAGCCCACAAUAACAACUCCAGUCGCUUUGGCAAAUUCAUCCAGGUCAACUACCAGGAAAGUGGAACUGUGAGAGGCGCAUAUGUCGAGAAGUACCUCUUGGAGAAGUCAAGGCUGGUCUAUCAGGAGCACAACGAAAGGAACUACCAUGUGUUUUAUUACCUGCUGGCAGGAGCGAGUGAAGAGGAGAGGACAGACUUUCACCUCAUGAAGCCUGAAGAAUACCAUUACCUCAGUCGGAUGACAAAGAAAACCCACCGACUGCACUGGGACAGUUACUGUGAGAGUGAAGCGGACUGCUUUACAGUUGAAGGAGAGGAUCUGAAGCAUGACUUUGAAAGGCUUCAGCUGGGGAUGGAGAUGGUGGGCUUUCUUCCCUACAUGAGAAAACAGAUUUUCUCCUUGCUAUCAGCCAUCCUCCAUCUGGGGAAUAUUCGCUACAAAAGGAAAACAUACAGGGAUGACUCCAUUGACAUCUGUAACCCAGAGGUUUUGCCUGUGGUCUCAGAACUCUUGCAGGUGAGAGAAGAGAUGCUGAUUGAAGCUCUGACAACGCGGAAGACAAUUACUGUGGGCGAGAAGCUGAUUGUCCCUUACAAACUAGCAGAGGCAGGUACAGUGAGAGACUCCAUGGCAAAAUCACUGUACAGUGCAUUGUUUGACUGGAUUGUCUUCAGGAUCAACCAUGCUCUGCUCAAUAUUAAGGACUUGGAUGAACCCACCAAGAUCUUGUCCAUUGGCGUUUUGGACAUUUUUGGUUUUGAGGACUACGAGAACAACAGCUUUGAGCAAUUUUGCAUCAAUUUUGCCAAUGAGCGUCUUCAACACUACUUCAAUCAGCACACUUUCAAGCUGGAACAGGAGGAGUAUAGGGUGGAGGGCAUCAGCUGGAGAACUAUUGACUACAUUGACAAUUCAGGCUGCAUCAAUCUCAUCAGUAAGAAGCCCACAGCUUUGUUUCACCUGCUGGAUGAAGAGUGCAACUUUCCACAAGCCACCAACCAGACCUUACUUGAUAAGUUCAAGCGGCAGCAUGAAGGGAAUAGGUACAUCGAGUUCCCUGCUGUCAUGGAGCCCGCGUUUAUUAUCCGACACUAUGCUGGAAAGGUCAAAUAUGGUGUCAAGGAUUUCAGGGAGAAGAACACAGACCAUAUGAGACCAGACAUCGUGGCGCUGUUGAAGAGCAGCAACAAUGCCUUCAUCUGCAGUCUGAUCGGCAUUGAUCCGUCAGCCACGUUUCGCUGGGCAGUACUCAGAGCUUACUUCCGGGCCUUAGUAGCUUUCAGACAGGCUGGGAAGAGGCACACCCCUAAAAGGGCUGGGCAUGAUGACGCUGUUCCCUGUGCAGUUUUGAAAAGUGUGGAUAGUUUUAGCUUUCUGCAGCACCCUGUGCAUCAGAGAAGCUUAGAGAUCCUGCAGAGAUGCAAAGAGGAAAAGCACACUCCCGAUGAGAGUGAAUAUAUGCAAAUUGAUGAGACUGAAAACGGUGUGUGCAGAAGGAGUCCACGCACACCACUGUCAGACCAUCAGGGGAGCAACACCAUCAAUGACAAAGCUCAGCGAGGUUCUCCCAGCCAUGCCUGGAACGGGCGGGUGGGACGACAGCAUCGUUUAUCAUCCAGCAGCUCCACUACAGAUGAAGAUGGCCUCUUUGUCAACUCUGCUAGCAGCAAGAUUUUGGAGCGAGCUCAUGACAUCCUCAUGAGAAACAAAAACCACAAAGCCAAGCUAGUUCUUCCUAAGCACUUAUUGAAUGUCAAGUCCCUUAAGUACCUCAGCAACCUGACGCUCCAUGACCGAAUCACCAAAUCAUUGCUUCACCUUCACAAGAAGAAGAAACCACCCAGUAUCAGUGCACAGUUCCAGGCCUCUCUUAAUAAAUUAAUGGAGACUCUGGGUCAGAGUGAGCCUUAUUUUGUCAAGUGCAUCCGUUCAAAUGCUGAGAAGAUGCCCUUGCGGUUUGAUGAAAACCUAGUGCUAAGGCAGCUGCGUUACACGGGAAUGCUGGAGACUGUGCGUAUCCGGCAGUCUGGUUACAACAUCAAGUACAGUUUUAAGGAUUUUGUCAAUCACUUCAAUGUUCUGCUACCAGACAGAACAAGUACUAACAGAGAGGACAUCCAGCACUGGCUUGACCAAAAGGGCCUAAAACCGGAUGGUUAUCAAGUUGGAAAGACAAUGGUGUUUCUACGGGAGGCCGAGCAUCAGCAGCUGCAAGCCCAACUUCACGGAGAAGUUCUCAGGCUAAUUGUCAUGCUACAAAGACGAUUCAGAGCCCGAUUGGAGAGAAAGCGGUUUCUAAAAAUGAGAGCUGCAGCAAUCUGCAUUCAGAGAUGGUGGCGCUGGUCCAGACCCUUGAAAGACGAGGAAGAGCAAAUUGACCAGAAUGCCCGUGUAGAGGCAGCGUUGUACUUGCAGACACAGUGGAGGGGGUACAGGGAACGUCAGAGGUUCAGGUUGUGGAAAGAGGCCGCGUUAGUGCUUCAGAGGGCAUGGAGAUUGUGGCUGUGUCGACGCAGCACGGCAGCUCUGGUCAUCCAGACCGCCUGGCGCUGUCAUCGAGCGAGAGAGGCCUAUUUGCGUCACUAUGCUGCUACCGUCCACAUUCAGGCGUUAAUCCGAGGCUACCUCGCUCGGGAACGCUUCAGACAAUUGACUAAACAGAAGCUUAGGGAGAAUGGACCAGUGAGCUUUUCACCAGAAGAGGAGCCCCAGAAGAGAGCCAUGGGUUUGGACCUUAGCACUUGGGAGGAGCACUCCUACGAGGACCGGGAAAAGACACUCAAUGUCCUUGGCAGGACAGAUGGAGAGUUGAAAGUGGAAGGCAUGGCGGGAGAAUAUGCCAGCUCGCCUACAUGGAAUUCUGAGACGCCUCCCUCUCUCACGACAUCCACAGUUGUGGUGCGAGAGAAGCUCAGAGCAGCUGAUGAGAUCAGCCAGAAAGCCGCCCGGGCCAAGAGAGAGAGCCGGCGCAUGCGAGAAUUGGAGCAAGCUAAAUUCAGUCUGGAGCUCCUCAAGGUCCGUGCUACCUGUGGUGGAAGCUCGCCAACUUCUGAGGAAAGGCGCUGGUCUGAGGAACUGGUGCCCUCCAUCACUCCCCCUCUGUGUUCACCACAGGGCACACCUGACAGUCAGAGUUUUGAAGGCAGCUUUGAACUCUUAAGUAUUGAGGAUGCUCCCAAAGCUAUGGAAGAGGUGACUGACAGCGAAGACCUCUGCUCGCCUAUUGGCUCACUCGGAGCAUUGUCAGAAACUACUAUUGAGGCGCUCCCUGUUAGCCCAAAGACAGAGCAACUGAACACAGUUCCAGCUUUAGAUGCUGGAAGCCAUUUUCAGCAACAAACAGAACCUGCUGUCUCUUCCGUACGUCCGUCCAAACUCCCAACUUUCUACGUCCCCUCCAAUGAAAGCAGCGCUAUAAUUCCUAGCCAUCCAAGAGAAACGCCCAUGCAAAACACAAGUAUUGCCGCUCCUACAACAACAGCCGCUAAGUCUUUGAAAGAAAGGCGAGACUCGACACGUAAACCGGUGGUGGUGGUCAUCAGCAUGCAGAAAGAAACCCCACUGAGUGAAGAACUAAGCGACCUGGUCCAUCCUAGGGUUGAGGUUUGCAAAUCAGUUUCUCGAGGGAAUGUUCCGGCUCCAGUGCCUCAUCUCCUCCCUCAGGAUGAUCAGCUUGUUUUGGAGAAGCUGGUGAGGUUGAACGAGGAGAAGGAGGAGAGGCAGCGUAAUCAGAAACAACAGAAUGAGAGGAAGAUGAUGGAGCAGAUUAGACAGCAGAAAGAAGCGUUGGAACAGCAGCGCCUUUUCUUUGUUCACUAUGAGAGCGAAAUGUUUGAGAAACAGAGGGAAGAGGCUCUGCAGAAGAUACACCAGAGAAGGCAAAGUGAACAAGAUGCUGGUGGGCGUGCCAUCUCGAGCAAAACACCUAGACCCAGAUCUCUGCUCAUGGAGAGGACAUCAGGGAUAGCUCCUCACUGUAGAACCCAUUCCGAAUCAUCUGAUCAUUUGGUCCACUGUCAACAAGGUGGCACUAUCCCCAGAAGUGUUGCUAUUCCACAGCAGCCUUUUCCACCUGCCUCUGCACCCACAGACAGGCGUAAGGAGAGCAAGCCUGCUGUAGAGGGCUGGACACCCAAACUCACCCUGGAGUCCAAAGACGGAGCAACCAGCGUAAGAGCAGCUAACAAGAAGGCGCAACAUGGUCAGGGCUCCACAGUUAAUCUGACGGGCAAGCCAGGAAAUAUCUUCUUCUCUCCCAAGGACAAAGUAACAUUUGCUCAAUUGGACAGUGUUGAUGUCACCAAGGAGAGCCCCCAAACCGCCCCCACAGAGGGGCCCACAUCUUUUUCCAGACUAUCCAAAGGACCAAAAACACGUGAUGUGGGCAGAGCGGGGUACAAAAAGAAAGCCCGGAUGUCGCGGACUCGCUCAGACUUCCUCACCCGAGCCCCUAUCCUCUCUGUUGGGGGCGAUACAGAUGAGGAUGACUAUGAUGCUACCAGUCCCCAACAUUCCCCUCUACCCCUUUCCAAGCAGAGCUCUACAGAGGAAGGCCUAGGAGGCUCCUGUUUUAGUGACUCCGACAUGCCUGCAGGGCCAGAGGCAAAAAAGAAUCUACACAAAGUGCUUUCAUCAGGAGAUUUAAGAAAAUCAGACUCUUUGCGCAAGAACUCACAGGAUGCAAGCAAAGUUCGUGGAAAGAUGCGUUUCUGGGGCAAGACCAGGCACAGUGAUAAAAAGACCUCCAGAGAGAAGCUGAUUUGUGGGGCUGAUUUUCAGGAAGGAGAUUAUGGAGACAAUGGGCCAUUGCUGGGAGAAGGUCAAGAAAACCUGUCUCCUCGCUACAGUCCUGAUUUUACAUUGGACCGAGGGUUUAAAGACUUGAAAGAGAAUAAGGAACCUUCUCCCAAGGUCAAGCGAAGACGCAGUGUUAAAAUCAGCAAUGUGGCUGUGGAACCUAUUCAGUGGUCAAGUGAUGGUCUGCAGAUUCUCACCUGCACAAAUGACUACAAAAGCAUGAAUGAAUUUCUCAUGAAGAAGAUCAAUGACUUGGACACUGAGGACAGCAAGAAGGACACCAUGGUAGAUGUUGUUUUCAAAAAAGCAUUGAAGGAAUUCCGUUUGAAUAUCUUCAACUCCUAUUCUACAGCCUUGGCGAUGGACGGCAGUAAGAGCAUCCGCUAUAAGGACCUUUAUGCUUUGUUUGAGCAAAUCCUUGAGAAGACCAUGCGGCAGGAGCAGAGGGACUGGAGAGAGUCACCUGUUAGGGUUUGGGUUAACACCUUUAAAGUCUUCCUGGAUGAGUUUAUGACUGAGUAUAAAACCCUGGACAGCACACAAACGAAGCAACCUAAACCUGAACGCAAAAAGCGGAGGAAGAAAGAUGCAGACAUAGUGGAAGAGCAUAAUGGCCACAUCUUCAAAUCCACCCAAUAUAGCAUCCCCACUUUCUGUGAAUACUGCUCAUCGCUCAUCUGGAUGAUGGACCGUGCCUGUGUUUGCAAAUUGUGCCGUUACGCCUGCCACAGAAAGUGCUGCCAAAAGACGACCACCAAAUGCAGUAAGAAGUUCGACCCAGAGCUUUCGUCAAGACAAUUUGGUGUUGAGGUGUCACGUCUGACAAAUGAUGAGCGAACGGUGCCCCUUGUGGUGGAGAAGCUCAUCAACUACAUCGAGAUGCACGGCCUCUACACUGAGGGAAUUUACCGAAAAUCGGGCUCCACCAAUAAAAUUAAGGAACUAAGGCAGGGACUUGACAAAGAUGUGGAGAACAUGAAUCUGGAUGACUAUAACAUCCAUGUGAUUGCUAGUGUCUUCAAACAGUGGUUGCGAGACCUGCCGAGUCCUCUGAUGACAUUUGAGUUGUAUGAGGAGUUCGUACGUGCUAUGUGUUUGCAGGAUAGAAAAGAAAUGAUCAGAGGAGUUUAUUCAGUGGUCGACCAGCUAAGCAGAAAUCACCUGAACACCCUGGAACGGCUCAUAUUUCAUCUGGUCAGGAUUGCUUUGCAAGAGGAGACAAACCGUAUGUCAUCUCAUGCCUUGGCCAUAGUAUUUGCUCCCUGUAUCCUGCGCUGUCCGGACAGUAUUGAUCCUCUUCAGAGCGUCCAGGACAUCAGCAAAACCACAGCGUGUGUCGAACUUAUCAUAUGUGAACAGAUGACGAAGUACAAAAUGCGACUGAAGGACAUCAAUACCCUGGAGUUUGCCGAAAAUAAGGCCAAAUGCAGACUAACCUUUAUCCGAAGAUCAAUGGGAAAAGGGGACUUUCGGCAUCUGAGCUCCCACUCUCCUUCACCUCCCGUGAGCCCACGACUUCUUUCUUUGACGGACACUGUUAAAGAGGAGAGGGAUGGCGAUGAGGGGGAUGAAUCUGUGGUUGAAAUCUCCGAGCAUCAGCACGCAGCAAUGGAGCAGGAGGAAAAAGUGCUGACUGAGCAAAUUGAGAACCUGCAAAAAGAAAAAGAGGAGCUGACUUUUGAGAUGCUGACUCUGGAGCCACGAGCAUCGGAUGAUGAGACUCUGGAGUCAGAAGCUUCCAUCGGCACAGCUGACAGCUCUGAAAACCUCAAUCUGGACUCUGAAGUCAUUUCAGAUUUCUCUGCGAGAGGUUCGGUUUUGACUUCCCCUUGGUCUCGGCGAUCUGAUGGAAAAAGCCAACGACAACGCACUCUGAGGCGGCAACCCGACUCCCUGGAUUCGGUGGAUUCUUCCUCCAGUGUUUCCCCCUACUCCUCCUCGUCUCACUUCCAUUCGUCAACUUCCCCCAUCUCAAACACUAGCCGCGGCUUUCAAUUCCACUCAACUUCUAAGUCUCCCUCCUCAAGCUCAGGUGCAUCACAUGUACCUCAAUGUUCCCGCUCGGACAGUUUAAACUGCAGUCCUACAGCAGAGCUGGACAGCGUGUUUGAUGAAAGACCAAAAUUUACCAGCCGCAGGACAUUCAAUCCAGAGAAAGGCAAACAGAAACUUAGGAGCACCAAACAUUUAUCCCAGAGGCACACCCGAGAAAGCGGCGCUCACAGCAGGGAACCUCCUGACAUACAGCAGCAGCUUGUGUUGUACGGUAGUAAUGAAUUCAUGGUAUGAGGGAUAGAAUGAUAACAGUCCCUGCCAACACCCUUAUUUAGCCUUUAAAACCUUUUAAUGAAUUGUACCUAAGUGCCGUAUGUAGUUUCCAUCACCUGUGGGGAGGCGAUGGAGUGGUACGAGAUGGUCAGCGGAAGGAGCUCCUUUGCUGUGGCUGCACCAGCCACCUGAGCUCUCAGUGCCUUGGCAGCUCCAUACUCAGCACCAAAAAAAUACAUGCUAGUCUGGAAGACAGCGCAAAGGGAAUGUCUUAUUAUGAAAAAAAAGAGCGCAACUUCAGUGAAUAUUCCACAGCUGGAAAGCUGAAGCAUCGUCCGACUAAAAGAAACUAGACCUCUGCAAAAGCGGAUGUUGCAUUGAAUCUAAAUCUCACAUUUAUUAGCUGCUCUAUUUACAGAGUUUACUGUUAAUAACAAUCAAUGUACACAGUGGUUGCUUAAUUACAAAAUGUUUUAUUUAAUUAAUUUUAAUGUCAGAAAUUCUUAAGAGCCAAUACAGAUAUAAAUACUGUCCAAAGCCGGAAUACCAGUUUAUACUGGUUAGUUGAAGUUAAAUAUUUAUCUUUUUUCUUUUUUAUGGCGGGGUGAGCUAUUUUGAAAGUCACAAUUACAGAUUGGAGCAAUGGAGGCUUUAACUGUGUGUUCAUGUGCCAAGCGCUCAUGAGAGACUAUACAAUUACGCUAUUUUCCAGAAUACAAGGGAGAUACCACCAUCAAAGGGACCAAGUUAGCUGGUGUGUAAAUCCUGCUAAGGGGACAUGUGCGAUAUGAACAAUAUCAGAUUUGUAUAGAAUCCUUGUAUUAACUAUUUAACAGCCAUAAAACAACUGUAAUGAACAGUACAGUCCACGUGUACAGUUUAGUGAACAAAAAUGUCAUCUAUUGUGACACCUGUUUGCUGAAUAGCCCCAAAAAACAAACAUAAAA